UCCCUGGUGGAGCAGGGCAGGUUGGGACAGCACCAGGAUGUGGUGGUGGGCACCCACCCCCCUCCUGACCCCAAGCUUUCACCCCGGGAUGAGCGAUCCCUGCGAUGCUCACUUGUCCCGAUAGCGCUGGGGACCCCGAGGCCACCACUCCCUGCGUGUCCCCUCCUGGGGCCGUGCAGCGUCCGCUCCCUCCUCGCCCCAUUCUGGCACCCCGAAUUCCAAGGGUGGCGAGUCACGGCCCGCCUGGCUUUGGGGCGCUGACUCACCCCCAACCUGUCCCCAUCCCUUCCGAGCCUGAGUCACCCCAGUGGUUUCCCAUCUCGGUCCCCUGACGUGGGGCUCAGCGGAAGGGCUGUCCCCGUCCCCUCGUCACCCCGGGGAUGGGGACGGACCGGAUGGAGCGCAGGAAGGCAAUUCCUGCCCCGUGAGCUGGUGUGACGGGUGCGCGGGUGGGGACGGGCUGCCCGCUGCCGGAGUCACCCUGUCCCCAUGGACGAGUGGAAAGAGUGUGUCAGGGAUGGUGACACUGCCCUGCGCCCCGCUCCAGGUCCCCAAAAUGGGUGACUGUGGGGUCCCCAAGGGAUGGCCAUGCAUCCAUGGCCAUGCUGGCUCCAUCCUCACUCCUUGUCAUGCCCAGUGUCACAGGGCCUUGGGGACACCCCAAAAACCUCUGUCCUGGCAGGGACCGAGGGCGGCCAACAGUUGGGGGGGCACCGCCGUGCUCCUGCUGGGGGGGUCCCUGUGUCCCCUCUGUCCCGUGCCACCAGCGCUGUGCCAUGGGGACACAGCUCGGCGCCGUGGGAACGGCCGUGCUGCAGCGGAGCCGUGCCGGGGCUGCCAUGUUAUGAAUACACCACGAUUACAGAGGAGCGCUCGGGCAGUUCCAACCUCCUAAUUAAUUUGGAUUAAUUAAUUUUCACAAAGCCCACUAUUAAUAGGGGUGAUGUCAGCCGGCAGUGAGUCACGACUCUCACUCUUGGAGCAGGGCGAUCCCGGCCCCAGGUCUGCAGCCGGGAUGAACCGCAGGGUCACGGGAUGAAGGGGACAGAGGGGACAGCGUUCCCAUCCCAUACGUGUCCCCAUUCCCCUAGGAGCAAAGCAGAGCCCGGGGAGCACUGGGGGGGGGCACACACCUUGCACUCUGUGAUGAUCCGGGUGAUCCAGUGCAGUGAGUCUGCCCUGGGACCCCACAGCCCCAUCCCGUGUUCACACUGCACGGUGCUGUCUGUGCACGGAGCGCUGCGCCAUGCGGGGAGGGGACGGGAAGCUGCUGCCGGGCGGUGUCCGUACAUCUGUCCGCAACGGGAAACCCGACGGGAAACCCCGCACGGCGGUGAGGGACCGUGCGCUGCACUCCACCGCUGUAAGACCCCGUGGGGGCUGCGGCCGAGCGGGGAGGGUCGGACGGGGACGCUGACGGCCGCCGCGUUCCAGGAGCUGCUCCGGCUGCAGCUGCCCAACGUGAUGAAGGAUUUCCCCUCCCUGGAGGAGCAGAUGCGGGCGCUGGAUGCGAGCGCUGACCAGGAGCUGACGUUUGAUGAGUUCUGGCGGCUGAUGGGCGAGCUGGCCCAGGCCCUGAUGAAGGACAGGGAGGGGAGGAAGAAGUGAUGGGGAUGGGGGGACGCUCAUGUAGCGCCAAUAAAGAGGUUUUCAUAGGCCUGGA